AAAUGCUUCAAAACAUUUGUAACGUCAAGUGGAAUAUACUCGUAAUACAUCAGUUAAACUCAUCGAUUUGUUCAUGAUUUACUGGACGAAUAUAAAAAGAAUAUAAUGCAUGGUCGAGUAAAAGUGCGUACUACAGCGGAACAGGAGGAGAUAAAAAAAAGGGAAAGGGCAGCUAAAGUCGCCCAAUACAAGGCCGAUAUUGCUGUAGUAUUUCAAAAGAGGAAAGAUAAAAUAUGGGAUGAUGAAUUAUUAUUAAUAACUAAGCGUAUGCUAUUAAAUAAUUCGGAUAUUUAUACAUUGUGGAAUAUUCGUCGUGAAGCUUUCCAGAAUAACAAAUGGAGUGAUGAAGAUUAUAAGCAAUUACUUGAAAACGAGAUGAGUUUGACUGAAAACUGUCUUAAAGAAAAUCCUAAAUCAUAUAGUGUGUGGCACCAAAGAUGUUGGGUGAUGGAACAAAUGCCUGACCCUGAUUGGAAGAAAGAAUUAUCACUGUGUGCAAAAUGCUUAAACAUAGAUGAAAGAAAUUUUCACUGCUGGGAUUACAGAGAAUUUAUUGUGCAAAAAGCUGGGAUUUCUAAUGAAGAAGAAUUUGAAUUUUCUACCACAAAGAUACUAAAUAACUUUUCAAACUAUUCAUCUUGGCAUUAUAGAAGUCGAAUAUUAUACAAAAUGUUUGGAACUACAUUAGAGGAGAUACCAAUUAUAGAUGAAAAAUAUAGACAAGAGCUCGACCUUGUUAUGAAUGCAACUUUUACCGAUCCAAAUGACACUAGUGCAUGGUUCUACCAAAGAUGGCUUUUGGAUAAGUGCUUGACAAUUUGUAGACUGUGGCGUGCUCUCGUCAAUAAAGAUACUGCCAUUAUUGUUAUUGAUAACAAUAUAUUGAUUGAACCAGUUUCACUUUCACUAUAUGUCAAUAAUGAAGUUGUUGAUGUACAAUGGCAGCUAUAUCCAGAUGAGAAGUUUGCCAAGUUACAAAUUGCAAGGUUUGUAAAUCCACUGGAAAAUUUGGAUUAUGCCAAGAAAGUUUUUAUAAAAUUGCAAGAAACUACAUAUGAACUUUCAUACUCACAAAUGGAAAGUGCAUGGAUUUACAAAGAUAAUUCAAGUUUGCACAGACAAAAUAGCAACGACGAACAAUUAAUUGAACAAUUAAAGAGUUAUAAUCAGCUUUCCAAAAUGGAACCAAAUAAUAAAUGGGCCUUAUUAACUGGUAUAUUAUUGAUGAAAAAAAUUGAUUUUAAAAAAUUUUAUAUAGAUAUAUUAAAUAACUUAUCGGCGCUAUCGAAAAUUGAUAGUCUCCGCAAAAAUUACUAUGAAGAUUUGCGAAGCAAACUCUUGAUAGAAUUUAAAUUGCUCGAAAUGUGGGAAGGGGAAAACAAUGUGGAAAUACAGAGCAGAAUCGAUUUAUCGGGAUUAGGUUUAACGAAAUUACAUAAUAAUCAUUACUUUAGCUUUUUUGAGCAUGUGUACCUCGAUGCGAACCAGUUGGAGAAUUCUCUGCAUCAGUUUUCUACAUUACAACGAUGUACAAGACUGUACCUCUCCAGCAAUGGCAUAACGUCAUUGAAACAUUUUCCUACUCUACAUAAUCUCGAAAUUUUCUCUUUAAGAAAUAAUAAAUUAACAAGUAUAGAGGAGAUAAUAAACUUAAUAAAACGACAUAAAAAUUUAUUAAGCUUAGAUUUAAGAAAUAAUCCAAUAUAUAAUACCACAAAUAUUAUACUUGAUGAUCUAAAUACGAGAUGUGAAAUAUUUUUAACCAUGUAACUCUUCAAUCAUUGAAAGAGAAAUAUAGACUUUAUAUAUGUAUUAUAUUAAAAUGUGUUUAAUAGUACCUUUUUUAACCUCUAUUGGUUAUUAUUUUUACUAUUUUUCAAGAAGAUAUUAAAUUAAAAAUAGUUUUUAAAA